UCAUUUUCCUCUUCAACACAAAAAUAAUUUCUCAGCAUCAAUAGUUUUCAUUUUUUUUUCUGUAUAAAAACUCGUUCAAAAUUGCACUCUUUAAUCACUUCUCAUAGUUAAUCUCACUGAGAAUCUUCUAAAAGAUAGAGAGAUCUAUACAUUCUGAUCAUAUCACAUUCACAUUCACAUCAGUACUGAAAAUAGUGGAUUCAGAAAUCUUCAUCUGGAGCUUAAAUCUAAGUACACCCUUUAAUAAGGAGCCAAAAGGGUAUCUGAGAAUCUCUCAAAUUUGUUAAAUUUCUGUGGUUUUUGUUGUAAACUGUGUGAUUAGGGUUUUCAGGUAAAUGAUGGCUGGAAAUGGUUUAUUUUAUCCAUUAUUUGGUUUUGCAUCGAUUGUGCUUUUGAUUUACAUGUCAUUUGGGGAUGUAAAGAUGGGUUUUGAGGAAGAUGUUGAGUUGAGUUUUGUGGAGAGAAAGGGUUCUCAGUUUGUGUUGGAUGGGAAAGCUUUUUACAUUAAUGGGUGGAACUCUUAUUGGUUUAUGGUUCAAUCGGUGGAUUAUUAUACAAGACCUAGGGUCAGUGAAAUGCUGAAAGCUGGUGCUAAAAUGGGUUUAACUGUUUGUAGAACUUGGGCUUUUAAUGAUGGUGACUAUAAUGCCCUUCAGACUUCACCUGGUGUUUUUAAUGAAGAAGCUUUCAGGGCGUUGGACUAUGUCAUUGCGGAAGCAAGGAGACAUCGAAUUAGGCUACUUCUCAGCUUAGUAAAUAACUUGCAAGCAUAUGGUGGGAAGGAUCAAUAUGUGCAAUGGGCAUGGCAAGAUGGAGUGGGGUUAAGUUCAUCUAAUGAUUCGUUCUUCUAUGAUCCAUCAAUAAAAAGUUAUUUCAAAACUUAUGUCAAGGCUAUUCUUACAAGAAAGAAUACUAUUACUGGAAUUGAAUAUAGACAUGAUCCUAUCAUUUUUGGUUGGGAACUGAUUAAUGAACCGCGGUGUUUUACUGAUCCUUCCGGCGACACUCUCCAAGAGUGGAUAGAGGAGAUGUCAACUUUUGUCAAAUCGAUCGACAAGAAACAUCUGGUUACUAUUGGGCUUGAAGGUUUUUAUGGUCCUAAUGACCCGAAAAGGUUGACUGUCAACCCACCGGAGGGAUGGGCGUCCAUACUUGGAUCGGAUUUUAUUAGGAACUCUCAAACCUCAAAUAUUGACUUCACCUCUGUCCAUAUCUAUCCUGACCAUUGGUUUCAUAAGCAAGAUUUUGAAGUCUAUAUGAAAUUCCUCACCAAGUGGAUGCUUUCUCACAUUGAAGAUGGUGAUACUGUAUUAAACAAACCUGUUUUGUUCUCUGAAUACGGAUUAUCAGACACAAUCAAGAACUUUUCACUGGCUGACCGAGAAAGGAUGUACAGAACAAUAUUAGACAUAUCCCACAAAUCUGCUAGGAAAAACCAGUCCGGAGCAGGUGCUUUGGUUUGGCAGUUCUUAGUCAGCGGAAUGUCAGAUUUUAUCGAUGAUUUCGGAAUGGUACCGUGGGAAAGGCCAUCGACCUAUUCACUAUUUAUUCAACAUUCUUGCAGAUUAGCUCAUGUCAACAAGGGAUUGACUCAUCGGAACCCGAGUUUCAAACGAGUGUGUUAGUGAAAUUAUGGAAAUCACAAAUCUAAAGGAAAUGAAUUCUUUUAUAGUUGGUUUUGUGCAAUAUAUGUCUUAUUUUCAUAACCAAGUGCUGGAUUUGGGGGCAUAGUGGGGUAUAUAGUGUUUUGGCGUAGAUUAGAUAAUCUAUUUUAAAGUUUGUAAUCCUGAUAUACAAAAUUUAUUAAAGUCUUUUGAGAUGAGAAGAAAAAGUUUUUGGAAGUUAUACAUGUGAGAUUGUUAUAUUCUAUUUGCCUCACUGGGUUGUACAUUGAGAGAAUUAUCAAAAUCAUUUCAUUAUUUUUCAGUUG